CAUGGGGAGAUUGGAACCUAAGAACUAUGAGGCAAUCACCACAAAUUAAUUGAAGUCAAAUUUCUUCUAACAUUACAUUUUGGUGAUAUUCAACACUUGAUUACUUUUCACAUGAUGGAAAUGUGUCAUCCAAGUGGCACAUAUGACUGUGGCAAACCGUCCCUGUGGUGUGGGUUGAUUUUCUGGAUAACACCUCUCAUUGGCUGAAACGAAGGAUGUCACAAAAAAGAAGCCCAACUCUGUCUUCUGAUUGGUUGUAAGAGCUGUCUGUCAAAAGAUCUUGCCAUCCUCUUGGAGUCUGCGCCCUAACCGCCGAGCACCGUUCCAGCCACGGCCAUCCUCCAUCCGUGUAACUCGUCGUACAAUGUUUUUAAAAAUUUAUCAAGCAGCCAGUCCUUCGUCGUCUGCAAAUUCUUUGGAUUGAUACCACCAUUUUCAGUUUGCCAUGGCGACGGUGGUGAUGGAGCAGAUCGGCCGCCUGUUCAUCAACGCCCAGCAGCUGCGUCAGAUCCCUCAGCUGCUCGAGUCGGCCUUCCCCACACUGCCUUGCACGGUCAAGGUGUCCGACGUUCCCUGGGUGUUCCAAGAGCGUCACAUCCUCACCGGCUACAGGCAGCCGGACCAUAGCUGGCGCUACUACUUCCUCACCCUCUUCCAAAGGCACAACGAGACCAUCAACGUAUGGACCCACCUACUGGCCGCCCUCAUCAUCUUAGUGAAAUGGCAGGAGAUCUCUCAGACGGUUGAUUUUUUGCGAGACCCCCACGCUCAACCCCUCUUCAUCAUCCUCCUCACCUCCUUCACCUACCUCUCCUUCAGCGCCCUCGCUCAUCUCUUGUCCGCCAAAUCCGAGCUCUCUCACUACACCUUCUACUUCCUCGAUUACGUGGGCGUGGCCGUCUACCAGUACGGCAGCGCGUUGACACACUACUACUACGUCAUCGAAGAAGCUUGGCACGCAAGAGUGCAAGGGCUCUUUUUACCCGCCGCUGCUUUCUUAGCCUGGCUCACGUGCUUCGGCUGCUGCUACGGCAAAUACGCCAGUCCGACCGUGCCCAAGCUUACCCACAAGCUUUUCCAAGUGGUGCCCUCGGCUUUGGCUUACUGUUUGGACAUCAGUCCUGUGGUUCACCGCAUCUACGCGAGCUACCAGGAAGGUUGUUCCGACCUGGUGGUAGUCUACCACCUCUACCAAGUGCUAUUCUUUCUCAUCGGCGCCUACUUUUUCUCCUGCCCCCACCCGGAGAGCUGGUUCCCGGGGAAGUGUGACUUCAUCGGGCAGGGCCACCAGAUCUUUCACGUGUUUGUCAUGUUCAGCACCUUGGUGCAGAUCGAAGCGUUGCGGAUAGACUUCGGCGAACGGCGGCCGCUCUACGAACGACUCCACGGCGAUUUGGCUCACGACGCCGUGGCGCUCUUUAUCUUUACCACCUGCUGUAGUGCGCUCACUGCUUUUUACGUCCGCAAACGUGUGCAUGCUUCUCUUCAUGAAAAAUUCGCUUAAAUGCAAUGUUAUAUCUCGCAGGGGUGUCAAACUCAUUUUUGUUCCGGGCCAUAUUGUAGUUCUGGUUUCCCAUUAUGAUUCUGAACCCAUAUACAGUCAUUGUAAUUUUUAAUCACGUAUAUAAAACAGAAUUCAGUAAACAAAACGUUUUUGGGUUUAUUUUGAAAGGGAGAUUAAAUGAUUGCAUUAUCUCAAUGUUAUUAAAAGGGAACAUAAGUUGUCGGUAUAUUUUAUGAAUAUAUACAUACAUGAAGUCAGAGCACAUGAUUUGUAAUUGUAAGUCAUUUAAAAUGAUGUGGUGGCACUGGCGGAAGUAGAGGGGGGGAUGCAGGGGCACUGCCCCCCAAAUUUUGCUUGGACCCCCUAGGUGCCAGGCAAAAUGAUUGACUUUUGGGCAUUUUUUUAAAACUACCCUGGAGUUUUUCUUUAGGGAACUUAUAAUUAAUCGUUAUCGGCAUUUUAUUUUAAGAAAUUUAACCUCCCCAAGAAAAAAAAAACCCUAGCUCCGUGAGUGCGGUCCAGAUAUGGCCCCCGGACCUCGACUUUGACACCUGCGCUUCACCGUGACCAGCAAUUUUAUUGUAAUUUGUUAUUUUGUAACAGUGACUUCCUUGUGUAAUCUGCCAAACCACAGUGAACAGUUUACAGCCCAUUUAGUAGUCAGCAAGGGGAUAGUUGAAUCCCACAGGCGCACAUUUCAUUGUAUUUUUUUUCUUCCCAGUAUCAUGUUGACUUUUUUAUGCUUGCAACAGUUCUUAAUAUGAAGUCUCAACAUAACGCUCAUUUGUUUUUCUCAACGAUUCAAUGCUAUUGUCGAGACUGAUUAAAGGAACCUGAUUGUUUUGCUUAUUAAGUCUUAUAAUGUAUUAUGAACAAUUGGAGUGUUUUCAUUCCCAUCCAAAAUGCACGUUUUCGCUAGCUGUACAAAAAAAACCCCCUCUAAGUCUGAUAUAGUUGAUGCAGACCAAUAACAUAUUGAAGCUCCUGUAUAUUUUUUUUUAAAUAUUUUUUUUCUUAUCCUAUCUUUCUUUUUGUAUUUUCUAUGAUAAUCAUGCCAAACAAAAACAAGAUGACAAAAUUACAUUUUUGUUUGGGAGAUUACAUUUCUCUAAGUGCUAUAAGUUCAGCUUUUGCCUUUUCACAUUCCACGGCGUUGCGGCUUGUAUGUGCACUAUGCUCUGCUUUUGAUAUGAUUUUCUUUUUGUAGAAUGAAAUUGUACAGUACGUGCCUCUAGCAUGUCUAUCCCUAUAUAAUGCAGAUGUUCUGGUGUGACAGCUUUUUCUGCACUGUAAGUGUUGCUUUCCUUCUGAAAACCGGACAUUUAUCACUUUGCUUUCCGCCUAAUAGCACUCUGAUAUUUAGAUUUUUCAGAAGGAAUACACCACAUUUAGAUUUUUUGCUGCCUGCUUUCAAAUGUUUCAAUGUCUUCAUGCUUAACAGAUUAUAAAGAGAUAAAUAUUUUGUUCCUAUUGGUGCACUUUUGCCCUGAAGUUUGUUUUGGCUCUAGUCACAGUUAUGGUUCACUGGUAAAGUUUUAAAAUGUUAAUCUCAGAAAAUUAAUUUCAUUCAUCGCAGCAUUCUCUGCUCUUGGUGUUUUAUGAAUGUGUUGGGGUUUUUUUUCAACAAUGAUGGCACUACUGAAAGAUAUUUUCAGAGAUGACUUAAUUGAUGUCCUGACAGAAGCGCAUGUGGUGGGUUUAAUUGAAAAUCCUUUGAGUCGUUACGCACUGCCUGAAUCAACACUGUACUUACUGUGGCUGACCACGAUGUUAACAUGCAUGAAGCCCCCCCUAAAUACUAUAUUUGUGGGUAUUUUAUGAUUUGUGUUGAAAUUUAACAUUGAGUAACCCGGGAAGGGGGGGUUGAUCUAAGUCAUACGUGGGAAUAUUUUAUAUGUUUGAAUCAAUUAUUAAUUUCAAUUGAAAAUAUUUUCUCCACAAAUGACAACAUUUAGGUCAAUUUUGUUUUUGUACCAGUGUUUUUUGAGUAAUAAGCAAAUUUGUGAACAGUAUUUUUCUCUGCAAUUGACACCUUGUCACCUAUUAUCUAAAUUGCAUGUUGUGAAAAAGAAGAACUGGAACGUGGGCAGCUCUGUGUUAAAGUGAAUGUGUUAACAAAGCCUCUAAUGACGCCACCCAGGUUUGCCUUCAUUAUAGAAAGCAGGGUGAGAAAGGGCCAGAAUGUCUUCUGCCUCUUGACUGUGUGACUGGCUGUACUAAUGUUUAUAAGAAUUAAAGUGUUGCAUUAACUUAAAUCUU